AUGAAGUCGUUUGGAACUAAAUCAAUGCUGUGCUCAUUGACGAGAUCGUUUGUUCAAGAAUUUUUCUUUAUGCCGAACAUCCUUCAAGUUUUAUUCAAUUAUUUGAAAUUCAAUCAAGUCCAUCGUGCAAUUUACAUCUACGAUAAUGAAGAAUCAACGCAUCGAAUCUAUGAAUUAUUGAAACUUAUGAACAAUGAUGAAUAUUUCGAUGAUUUCAUCUUCGAUAUUCGCACGACAGUAUAUGAAGAUGUCUAUUCAUUGUUAUACAGCAUUGAAUCGCAUUCAUUACAUAAAGAUCAAAUACCACGAUAUAUCCUACUUGAUCUUCAUUCCUAUGACAACUAUGAAAGGAUGUUUGAUCAAAUCUCGCAUAUGGGACUUACAAGUAACUUUUAUCAAUAUAUAAUUGUAUCAACAUUCGAUGCGUGUUUAUGGAUGAAUAGAUUGAAUUUUACAGGUUUAUUAAUUUAUUUUGAUUAUCAACAACGUGAUUGCAAUCUGGAUUAUCCUCCAAUACCGACAACGACCACAACGUAUUCUUCGCCAGUUCCAUCAAUGAAACGUUCGUCGUCAUAUUAUCGAUCGAAUUUAUCAUUUCGUCAUGAUUCUGACGGUGAACGAAUCUCAAAUCCAAGCACAAAUCCUUCGUUGAACAUGUCAUUUGCGUCGAAUCAAACGAAAUCUAUGUUAAAUCUAUGUGAUAGUAAACUCAAUACAAAUAAAGAAUACUUUACAUAUUCAUAUUUCACAUCUUAUCUUCCGAAAUCCACUCAGCUUUACUCACGUCCAUUGUUCGAUUCAAUCAAUUUAGCUAUACAAAUCUUAACAUCACCGCUAUUCGAUUGUCGAACGUAUCAUUUAAAAGAUGUACCUAUUCGACCGAUGAAUUGCAAUUUUGCUGAUGUGAAUGUAUUCUCAACACGCAAAUCUUCAAUAAAUCGAUUUCGGAAACAGAUUGAACUUGUCGGACGGUAUUCAACAUUAACGAAUGUUUAUCAGUCGUGUCAACUCAAUGAACAUAAAGAUUCUACUACGAAAAAGAAGCCAUUAUCGUCGAAGGUUUAUUAUAUUACCAGUCUAUUCGAUGAGCCGUUUCUUAUGCUACGCCGGCAAACGAACUCUAAUGGAAAUCAUAAUCGAACCCAGCCGAAUUUAAUCGAAUUGCAUGGUCAGAUAUUCAGUUUCGAUGAACUAGAGGGCUAUUGCGUUGAUCUAGCACGUGAAGUUUGUUCCGUUUUAAACAUCACAUGUCUAUUUCGUAUUGUGCAAGAUGGAAGUUUCGGAAGUAAGAAUGUCACGACGGGAAUGUGGAAUGGAAUGGUUGGUGAAAUUGUUGCUCGAAAAGCUGAUAUGGCUAUUGCACCGUUAACUAUCAGUCAGAGGCGAAUGGAAGUUGUUGAUUUUAGUAAACCGUUCAUGAAUUUAGGUAUUUCUGUUAUGAUUCGUAAACCUGAUGCUCAGAAGCCAGGUGUUUUCUCUUUUAUGAAUCCAGUUUCAAUGGAAAUUUGGCUAUGUUUUUCCCUCUCUUAUUUUGCCGUUAGUGUUGUUCUUUUCUUAACAUCAUGUCUGGUGCAUACCGGCUGGCGACGACGUAUCGUUCGGCGGCCAUCGUACCGAUCAUAUUCAUAUCCGAAGAGCGUUAAUGAUCGACGUAAAAGUGAAAUUCAGUUGCAACGUCAAAAACGCGAUUCCAGCUUUUCGGAACAAUCAGCUGAGUUGAAUAUAUCGGCUCGAGCAUCGAUACGACGUCGAUCACGGCAUCGAACACGCUUUCCUUCACAACACACACCAAGUUUGAAUUCGAACAAGAAUCGUAAGAGAAAGAGAGCAAAUGAAGAAAACAAUGCCGAUGCCGUUCAUCUCUUUGGUAUUUCAAAUGCACUUUUCUUUUCGUUUGCAUCGUUUAUGAGACAAUCAAUUAAUCUUGUGCCCAAAUCGUUAUCAGGUCGUGUUGCAGCAAUAUCGUGGUGGUAUUUUUCGUUAAUCUUCGUUUCAUCGUACACAGCCAAUCUUGUUGCUUUUCUUACCGUUGAAAAACUAGUUACACCCAUCGAGAGUGUUGAAGAUCUUGCGAAACAACAUGAAAUUAAGUAUGGGUCAUUGAGAAACGGAACAACUGCAGCAUUUUUUGAAAAAUCGAAUAUUACUGCCUAUCAAGAUAUGUGGGCAAUGAUGCAGAGAAGUUCGUCGGAGGUGUUCGUAACCAGCAAUGAUGAAGGUGUUGCAAAAGUACGAAGUUCCAAAGGAAAAUAUGCCUUUUUCAUCGAAUCAACUAAAAAUGAAUAUGUAAAUGAAAGAUUACCAUGUGACACAAUGAAGGUCGGAUCUGAACUUGAUUCGAAAGGUUAUGGUAUUGCAACACGAUUAGGUUCAGAUCUAACCGAAGCCAUCGAUAUUAUCAUCACUAAUCUUCGAGAAUCAGGUUUUUUAGACAAACUAAAACAACGUUGGUGGUACGAUCGUUCGGAAUGUUCGAAAAACACAAAAGAUAAGCGUUUCAGUGAAUUGAGCCUUUCAAGUGUGACAGGGCUUUUUUAUAUAUUUCUCUUUGGUAUUAUUCUCUCAUGUUUCAUUGCAUUCGCGGAAUUUCUCAUCACAGCAAAGACGGAAUCGGAAACAUUAAAUAUUGGUUUUCGAGAAAUUCUUCGUAUAAAAAUGAUUGAAAAUAUGAUUGGCAUAACAAUCAAUACACAACGACAAUUAGAAUUUGGGCGGAUUCAUCAAGAAUGUAAUUACGAAUAUCAUCACGAAGAAGAAGAGAUGGCCCGACAUUGCCUCGAUAGUCAAAUGCUAUCAUCACAAACUGAUGUGUAA